AUGGACGCACUCGAUCGGCUAGAUAAUCUGUGGUUACCUCCUAGAUGGGGCCCACCGCAGUCGAUAUCACCGGAGAAGAGAACAGCGCAGUGUGCGGAUGUUUUACCACCGCAGAGCCGGCAGGCCCUCACUGCAGUGCCGGGAUUUGCGACAGGAAUCAAUGAAGUCUGCGAAGAGAAGGUUCUCAAACACAUCCUUCCCAUGACCACGGACUAUAGGUCCUGCGAGGAAGACAAGUAUACCCCAACGGGGUUUUCAAUAGCUGAGAUUAAUGCCUUAGGGGACUUUCCAGACUAUGCAAAGCUCAGCGGUGUGCCCUUGCCUCAGGAGUACCUCGAGUUUGAGAUAAAAAAAGCGCUACCCAGGCCAUAUCGGCCGUUUAGAUGGGGUUACCACCAGACAAUGUCAUUGACAAAACUAGAAACGGAUUGGUGGAUAGAACUCGAGAACACGUACGAACAACGGAUUGCGCAACGGAAGGAGCUGUACGCGAAGUAUGGGGAUGCCGUCCUAGGCUGGCUCCCCGGAUCAGAGCUGGCUUGUAAAGAGCUCAUGGAAAUGGUCCUGCAAUUCAUCUGCUCCCGGUUUUUCACCAAAAUGCCGACUGACAAACCGAUACAAAGAGGAUCUUGGGGCCUUGAAGUUGGACAGCCGUUGUAUAUGCCCAAAGGGGACCCUCAUGAGAAACUUCGACUUUACCAGGAUCCCAAUCUCCAGCUAGAUGACUGCUAUCUCAGGGUAGACUGGCAAACACUCCGCCGCCUUCCUCUCUCGGGGGCUAUCGUAUUCAACUUCAAGGCACUCUUCACACCUGUGACUGAAUUCCGGGACGAGCCUGGCGUGCCCGCAUUGGUAACCAAAGUCUUGAAGGAGGGCAGGAGAAAUAUAAUGAAGUAUAAGAAUACAUGGCACGUGGAGCAUGUUAUACUUCCCAAACUUGAAGCAUGGGCAAAAGAACAAGAAGAGAAUGGGCUCGUUCCCAAAGGUUGGGAGGUAGCUACACUGGAUGACAGUCCAUGGUAUCAAAGUUGGCAGAAAAAGUGGCAUCGCCAACAGGGCUUUUAG